AUGUUCACUAUUAUUAUUAUUAUCAUCGGUUAUUAUUUAACGUUAUGUACAUGGAUCGAUAUUAUUAAUUGUGAAAAAUUAGUUAAUAAUCCACACAUAAUAAUAAUUUUAGCAGACGAUUUGGGCUGGAACGACGUAGGUUUUCACGGUUCCAAUCAAAUUCCGACACCUAACAUAGAUGCAUUAGCAUUUACUGGAAUAAUAUUAAACAAUUAUUACGUCGCACCUGUUUGCACGCCAUCGAGAAGCGCUCUACUGACUGGAAAAUAUCCCAUACAUACAGGAUUGCAACACGGUGUAAUACACGGUUCAGCACCAUACGGAUUAAAUUUAAAUGAAAAAUUAUUACCUGAAUACCUUAGGAGUUUAAAUUAUGUAACAAGACAUGUUGGAAAAUGGCAUCUCGGGUCUUUUAAAAAAGACUAUACUCCUGAAUAUAGAGGUUUUGAUUCUCAUUAUGGUUAUUGGACGGGUCAUCAAGAUUACUAUGAUCACACGGCAAUUGAAAAUCCUGGAUUUUGGGGUUACGAUAUGAGACGAGGUAUGAAUGUAACAAGAUCUGAUUUUGGGUAUUACACAACGGAUUUAUUUACAAACGAAGCUGUCAAAGUAAUCAAAGGACAUGAUUCGAAUAAGCCUUUGUUUUUAUAUUUGGCACAUUUGGCAACUCAUUCAGGAAAUAAAUACAGUCCAUUACAAGCACCUGCAGAAACUGUUGCUAAAUUUAAUUACAUAAAAGAUAAAAAUAGAAGAUUGUUUGCAGGUAUGCUGUCGAAAUUGGAUGAAUCUGUUGGUAAAGUUGUCGAAGCAUUAGCAGACUCAAACAUGAUUAAUAAUUGUGUGAUUUUAUUUUCAACCGAUAAUGGUGGACCAGCAGGUGGUUUUAAUUUAAAUGCAGCAUCAAAUUGGCCAUUGAGAGGAGUUAAAGAUACAUUGUGGGAAGGAGGAGUGAGAGGUGUAGGUUUUAUAUGGAGUCCAUUUUUACCAUCGUCAAAAGUAUCAAAUGCAAUGAUACACAUAACUGAUUGGUUACCAACAUUAUUGUCUUUAACAAAUGCAUCAAAUUCGAUAUCUGAUAUCGAUGGAAUAAAUGUUUGGCCGAAUCUUUCGAAAGGUUUACCAUCAGUUAGAAAAGAAAUUUUAUUAAAUAUAGACACAGAAAGAAAAAUAGCAGCAUUGAGAUAUAAAAAUUGGAAAUAUAAAAAGGGAAAUGCUAAUAACUGGAAUAAAUGGUAUGGUCCAUCAGGAAGAGAUAUGAAUUACGACUGGAAUGAAUUGUACAACAGCGAUGCAGCGAAAGCGAUAAAACAUAUUAAAGUCCUACCAAAUAAAAAACUUGUUAUGGAAUUAAUAAAUGCAACUCAAGUGACAUGUAAUGUUAAAGAAGAGGAAGAAGAAGAAGAUGAAAGUGACCAAAAUUCAUGUGAAAGGGUUAUUUGGCAUCAAAUAUCCAAAAUGGUACCACCGAGAAACAAACCGGUAGAUAUAAGAAGCAAUCCAGUUUAUUGGGACUACACAUGGACAAACUGGAUGGAUUAUUUAUAA